CCUGUGCCGCGGCACAGCGUGGACCCCGGGCGGGCGGGAGCUGGCGCGGGAGCCGGAGUGGGCGGCCGGCGACAGCGCAGCUGGCGGUGGCGGUCCAGCCGGGGAGCGUGCGGAGUCCCCACCCGCGUAGCCCCGGCCCCUUUCCCGACGCGGGGCUUUGAGCAGUAUGCCUGUCCAUUGCCUGCGGGCUUCAGCCCUGACCCCGGCCUCAGCCCCAAAGCAGAGCACUCCCGGCAUCAACCUCGGCCCCACCAGCAGAGGCAGCGGAGGCGCUAGGCCGUCUCUGGACGCAGAACCAGGUUCGUGGAGCCAGUGUAGCAAGUCCUGAGCGCUCCAGCACCUCCGCCCGCCGGGUCCACAGGUCCACGGCCUCCUGCUUCUUCAUUCCGGAGCUCAGGCCCCGACCCGGGCCUGGCCCCGGCUCUGGCUGGGCUCCUGCCUGAGUGGGGCUGACAGACGGACGGCCAUCUCAGCGAAGGCUCACGGACCGACCGGCGGAGGUGCCGGCGGAGGAGGAGGAGACCGAGGAGGGGGCUGGGCAGGGGCUGUGGCCCGGCCUGGGAGAUAUGCAAUUGGUGACCGAGCCAAGCGGACGGACGGCGGGCCCGAGAUGCAGGUAAGCAAGAGGAUGCUGACAGGGGGCGAGAGGAGCAUGCCCAGCCCCCUCCUGGCCUGCUGGCAGCCCAUCCUCCUGCUGGUGCUGGGCUCAGUGCUGUCAGGCUCAGCCACAGGCUGUCCACCCCGCUGCGAGUGCUCUGCCCAGGACCGUGCGGUGCUCUGCCACCGCAAGCGCUUUGUGGCUGUGCCCGAGGGCAUCCCCACCGAGACCCGUCUGCUGGACCUGGGCAAGAACCGCAUCAAAACGCUCAAUCAGGAUGAGUUUGCCAGCUUCCCACACCUGGAGGAGCUGGAGCUCAAUGAAAACAUCGUGAGCACUGUGGAGCCUGGCGCCUUCAACAACCUCUUCAACCUCCGAACGCUGGGGCUCCGCAGCAACCGUCUGAAGCUCAUCCCCCUGGGCGUCUUCACUGGCCUCAGUAACCUGACCAAGCUGGACAUCAGCGAGAAUAAGAUCGUCAUCCUGCUGGACUACAUGUUCCAGGACCUGUACAACCUCAAGGCGCUGGAGGUCGGUGACAAUGACCUAGUCUAUAUAUCCCACCGCGCCUUCAGUGGCCUCAACAGCCUAGAGCAGCUGACACUGGAGAAAUGCAACCUGACUUCCAUCCCCACCGAGGCACUGUCCCACCUGCACAGUCUCAUUGUCCUGAGGCUUCGGCACCUCAACAUCAAUGCCAUCCGGGACUAUUCCUUCAAGAGGUUGUACCGGCUCAAGGUCUUGGAGAUUUCCCACUGGCCGUACUUGGACACCAUGACACCCAACUGCCUCUAUGGUCUCAAUCUGACAUCCCUGUCCAUCACACACUGCAAUCUGACUGCUGUGCCCUACCUGGCUGUGCGUCACCUGGUCUAUCUCCGCUUCCUCAACCUCUCCUACAAUCCCAUCAGCACCAUCGAGGGCUCCAUGUUGCAUGAGCUGCUACGGCUGCAGGAGAUCCAGCUGGUGGGUGGGCAGCUGGCUGUGGUGGAGCCCUAUGCCUUUCGUGGCCUCAACCACCUGCGUGUGCUCAACGUCUCUGGCAACCAGCUGACUACACUGGAGGAGUCCGCCUUCCACUCAGUGGGCAACCUGGAGACACUCAUCCUGGACUCUAACCCGCUGGCCUGUGACUGCCGUCUCCUGUGGGUGUUCCGGCGCCGCUGGCGGCUCAAUUUCAACCGGCAGCAGCCCACAUGUGCCACACCUGAGUUCGUCCAGGGCAAGGAGUUCAAGGAUUUCCCUGAUGUGCUCCUGCCCAACUACUUCACCUGCCGCCGUGCUCGCAUCCGGGACCGCAAGGCCCAACAGGUAUUUGUGGAUGAGGGCCACACGGUGCAGUUUGUGUGUCGAGCGGAUGGUGAUCCGCCGCCCACCAUCCUCUGGCUAUCGCCUCGCAAGCACCUGGUCUCUGCCAAGAGCAAUGGGCGGCUCACAGUCUUCCCUGAUGGCACGCUGGAGGUGCGCUAUGCCCAGGUGCAGGACAAUGGCACAUACCUGUGCAUUGCAGCCAACGCAGGUGGCAACGACUCCAUGCCCGCUCAUCUGCAUGUGCGCAGCUACUCGCCCGACUGGCCCCAUCAGCCCAACAAGACCUUCGCCUUUAUCUCCAACCAGCCAGGUGAGGGAGAGGCCAACAGCACCCGAGCCACCGUGCCUUUCCCCUUCGACAUCAAGACCCUCAUUAUCGCCACCACCAUGGGCUUCAUCUCCUUCCUGGGCGUCGUACUUUUCUGCCUGGUGCUGCUAUUCCUCUGGAGCCGGGGCAAGGGCAACACGAAACACAACAUCGAAAUUGAGUAUGUGCCACGCAAGUCAGAUGUGGGCAUCAGCUCCACCGAUGCACCCCGAAAGUUCAACAUGAAGAUGAUAUGAGCAUGGGGUAGGGUUUCCUCCCUAGCCCCGUGCCACUCGUCCCUGGCCCCCACUCCUGCCCUGGGCUGCUCCACUGGCCCUCACUGCCUCCCCUCUCUCCACCAGGACCUCAGACGCCUGGGCCUGGGGAACCCGAUGCACAGGGCCACACAUGGACAUACUAGAGUUGGAAACUGAUGGAGCAACAUGCAGAAGUCAGUAAUCCAAUUUAAAAAGUUACAAACUUCCUCUGUAACUUGGGUUUCAAUAAUUAUGGAUUUUUAUGAAAAAUUGAAAUAAUAAAAAGAAAAAAACUA